AGCGCGCCUGCGCCGGCGGGAGAGCGGCCGCUUCCUGCGCGGGCCGGCAUGGCGGCAGCGUUCCUCAUGGAGAUCAGGCGGGGGACGCAGAGCGCGCUGCUGGUUGUCCGCGCGGCGGCGGAGCUCUCCGGCGCGCCGGUGGAGGUGUCGGUGUGCGCGGAUUCCCUGGAAGUGAGGAGCGGCGGGAACUGCGAUGCGGCGGCGCUGCCGGCAGGGGUCAGCCUGGCGCCGUCCUCGUGCCGCGGGCUCCGGCGCCUGCGCGGGGACGGGCUGCACCUGCGCAUGCGCCUGCGCGGCCCGCCGCCCGCCGCCGAUGUGGUUUUUACCUUGAGGGAAAGCCUGAAACCCAACAAGAAUUACAUCUUUUACUGUCAGUCCUGUGGUGACAUCGUAGUGAACGACCGGAAAUUUCUCAGAGUUCUUCCUCUACCAAGUGAAAACUGGAGUGAUUUAGUUGAAGAGUGGUGUUGUCACCCCGACCCCUUUGCCAAAAGAACUUUGCACCCUCAGCAUGGUGACUGUUUUUUUGGAGACACUUUUCUUCUGUUGAAUUCAAGAAAUGAAUCACAUGUGCCUGAAUCUCCUGUGUGCUGCUCAGAGGCUGCACACCAUGUUUCACAGAGUGACUCCAACGUGAAGUCAAAAGAAAAUACCAGAGUAAUUUGUAAGCGCUGCAAGACAAUGCUGGGAGAAACAGUUUCAUCAGGUACCAUUAAAUAUUAUGUCACUGAGGUGGUUAUUCAAUCAGCUGAGGGAGGUUACAGUCCAACACCAAGGUCUCAGUUUGUACAGAGCAUUGUUGCUCAGUGUCUUUUGGAAUUAUCCUCUGCAAAAAGCACAUUUCGAUUCACCAUAAAAGGAGAUAAUGGAAAAACCUAUAUUCUGAUCUGGCUUUUAAAUUCUGACACAUUACUGGUAGAGUCUUCAGGAAGUUCCUCCUCCCACAGUGAUUUUACACUGUUUGGAGAUAUCCUUACACCCAGCUCUGGACCAGUGGGAUCCUGGAAUGCUCUCAAAGUCCUUUACCAGCCAUGCAUUCAAUGCAGAAAUAAGGAGCUUGCUGAUGCGUGGGAAGAUGAUAUGGGAGUUCAUCCUUUAAAGUUUCCAUCAGAAACAUGUUUGGAAUUAUUGUUGAUACUGGGUCUGAGUACCACAUCUCUGCCACCUUCACUUCGAUGCAUGAACUCUUUUCAGGUUGCCUUUUUGAAGAUGUGAAGAACGAAGAUACCUGUGUUGAAAACUGUUGUUAGAUUUAUUUUCAGGAGAAAAGUGUACAGAUAACUUCCAAUAGUGGGACUUUUAGAAGAAAAUCCCCUGGCAAUACAAAAGAAAAUGGGUGUAUUUUUCAUAUCUGAAUGUGUUUCAAAACCAAAGACUUGACUUUUGUAUCCAGUGCAUUCUUAGAUGUCAUUGGAAGAGUGACUUACCUGUCACUCCUGUGACAUCCAGCUGGGGUGACUGUUAUCAUGUCUUCACUGCUAAAAGGAAAUUCCCUGUGUAUCUUGUACUACCUUUACCAGUGUUUGAUAGCAAUGUAUAUAUCCUUAGGAAAGUUCACAACUGGUAGCAAAUGUUUUAAAAUGUCAUGGAUACUAAUGUGAGUUCUUUACCUUCUUUGUUCUGGUGAAGUUAGAAGUCCAACUUUAAAAUAUAAAAUCUGGUUUUUGUAAAACUUGCAUGUUUAUCAUGUAUAUUGUUUCUGCAUUAAAGUUUGCCUCUCUGCUUGAGAGUGAAGGAAGACAGUUUCUGCGUACAUCAUAUGAUGUAUGUUUUGAAGAAUCAAGGUUUUAUGGUUAUUUGGAAUAAUAAUUAUUAUUAUUAUUUCAAGGAAAGUUAACAUGCCCUUUACUCAUUAAAUGAUCCUGACAUAGGAAGUGAUCCUACAAAGUGUUGGACACCUUGAUUUUAUACAUCCAAAGACAAGGAGCUGAGGCCUCACAGCACCACUCUGGAUAUAAUUUCUCAGUUAUUAUUUUCAUUUUCAGUAUUGAAGGAAGAACAAAAUUAUUCUGACUUUUGUAUUCAGGGACUAAAUUAUCUAGCUCCAAGAUAUUUUGUCUAUGCACCAAUGUUGAGUCAUUUUAUGAAUAAAAUAUUUUUUCUAAA